AAAUCCUCUAAUGCACUUGCAGUUUAUCUUUGUUUUGUCAUUAAAGCCCCGGCUUAUGCUUAUUAUGGGUUGUGAUUAAAGCAUGUAGUAAGUUAUUGUUCUGGUCUGUAAGAAACCUGGAUAGACAUUGCCGUAGAUGACAUAGUCCCAAGUCAACCACAGAUGGAUAAAAAAAAAAUUAUUAAGUUGGUUAACUGUUUUAAUUUCAAAUGUAAAAAAUUCUGAUGUACUAACAACUAAAAGUUGCAUUUGACCAAUAGGAUGUCACAUUGUCACCCCCUUGACUGGCUGACUCUCUAGUUUGAAUGCCACUUACCACCCUCGUGCCUUUCAUCUAAUGUUCUUCAACUACCUUCUGCAUUUCAGGCCCCUCAUGAAAGACAAGAACAAAAAAGAAAAAGUUAAAAUCAAUUAUGAGCAGCCAGCCUUUCUUGUUUUAAAUACUCUGCAUGAGAGUUUAGAGAGAGAAUGAGAAAGAUGGCAAUGGAAGAAUUCGCAGUUCUAAAACCUCAAGUGCGUUGUUUAGGGGAGGAGGAGCAGAAGGUUUGUGUGAACAAUGCCUUCAGCUGCGGUUUGGAUGCAAGAGAGAGGAAGCUGGUUUGUGUGACCGGUGGGAAUUCUAGCUUGGGUUCUCACAUAGUUAAGGCUCUAUUGGCACGUGGUUACUUGGUCCGAGUCACAAUUCAAAACCAAGUGGAUUAUGAAGACAUGAAGAAGCUAAUGAGAGAUGAAGAGAUAAACCAACUCGAGGGCGUUGUUGUGGCGAAGAUGGGUAGUCUGGACAGUCUCUGUGAGGCUUUUAGAGGUUGUCAUGCAAUUUUUCAUACCUCCUCCUUCAUUGAUCCACACGGUAUCUCCGGUUAUUCGGAACAAAUGGCAUUUCUCGAGGCUGAAGCGGCAAGGAAUGUUAUUGAAGCUUGUGGCAGGGCAGCAUAUGCAAAGAGAUGUAUCUUCACUUCCUCUCUUCUUGCUGCCAUUUGGACUGGUGACAAUGAAAACAAGAUCAUUGAUGAGUUUAGCUGGACCAAUGAGGAAUUCUGCAGAGAAAACAAGCUUUGGCUAGCCUUAGGAAAGACCACUGCAGAGAUGACUUGUUGGAGGAAGUCCAAGGAAAUGAAAGUGAAUCUUGUUACAGUCUGCCCCGGCCUUCUCAUGGAUGCAUCUUUUCCAAAUGCUCACAACUAUGUACCAUAUCUUAAAGGCGGCAAGGUCAUGCUCAAACACGGUCACCUAGCCGUUGAGGAUGCGAAGAAGGCGGCAGAAGCACAUGUCUAUGUUUAUGAAGCCAUGGACUAUGGAGCCUGUGGGAGAUACCUCUGCUAUGGGAAGGUUGUAAGAAAAAUGAGCGAAGCUAUUGAACUAGAAAAUGGAUUGAAGAUUCAUGGUUUGUUAUCAGGAGGAAGACAUGAGGCCUUAGAUGAAGAAAUACAUAUCAUGCUUAGUAAUGCAAAGCUUGUUCGAUUGAUUCAAGGUUCUCAAAAGUUAUCUUGCAAGUAGUGUAAACCGUGGCUGCAUCAUAUAGAAUAUUUUAUUUUGACAAAGCUCCAAAGUGGGGGGGUGUGGUUGGGGGGGGAGAGAGAGAGAGAGCAGACAAAAGCUUCAUGACAGGCUUUGCAAGUUGAGCAAGUUCACAAAUCGAAGUAGAUAGGGAGAUUGUGAAUGGCCAGACAAAUUAAGCUGAAACAAAAUUCUUGCUCGUUGGUCCUUGCCAUAGAUAGAAAUGUAACCCUAUUGAAUAUUUGAACUUUUAAUGAAUUUUUCUUACCAUUGAGCCUA